CGGAACCCAACAGCACCUGUGUAGGAGAUGGCACCUGCUGUGCUGGGGGCUUUGUACCCCAGGGCCUGGCUCAGCCUCUUCCUCUUGUACCUCAUCCUAGUAGCUGGGGUCCUGCGCCCCCAGCCCCUGAGGCCUGUUCUUGAGGAACUUCCAGCCUUCCUGCAACUGUCACAGCCACUGUCCGACCUGGUGGAUGACUAUGGGAUCCGACCAAGGCACCCAAGACUCAGGCACCCAGGGCGGCAAGGGCCUCGGACCCUCCCCUCCUUCGCCCAACAGCACAAGCGGGACGGGCUGGACAUGGCUGAGUAUUACUAUGAGGAUGCUGCCACUACCCACAGUGCCCCAUAA